AUGUCUUCUUCGCAUGACGCGGCAGCAGGCCUCCUCCUGGAGGCAUUCUUCUUGGGCUCUUCAGCAGCAGAGACGCUUUGGGGGCCCUCCACAGUCACCACCCCGGGGCCCCUUGGGUCUGCUGCUUCUCAGCAGUCUCUCCUGCUUUCUUCCGCUGCACCAAGCCCCACAGAUGCAGCUCGUGCCUGUUUGCUAAAAAAAGGUUCUUUGGGGGACCGCAGCAGCGAUGAGGCAGUUUCGCUGGCUUCGCAUUCAACUGUCUCUUCGGUGCCCUCCUCCUCAUCUACUCUAGAGACUGUGUCUCCAAGUUCACUAGACACUACAGCAGACCUGACGCGCCAGUUGCUGUUUCUGUCCCAUCCGCUCCUUAGUUGUCUCCCUCUUGAACACACCAUUGUGGCGGACAGACGCCGCGCCUUCCACAAAACGCAGCUGUGCAGACACCUCGCCUCGGGGUACUGCCGCAACGGCCUCAAUUGUCCCUUCGCUCAUUCAGAAGAGGAGCUGAGGCCCCCCCCCUACCUCUCCAAGACAAUGAUGUGUCCUGCCGUCAAGGCAGGCGAGGUCUGCCCAAGACUUCUAGCGUCCGGCAGCUGCACGUUCGCUCACACCCGGCAGGAGCUGCGGCGCACAGCAAAUCACUACAAGACGAACAUGUGUCGUUCUUGGCUAUCGGGUAACUGUUUAAAAAAUGACAGGUGCACGCAUGCACACGGCGAGCUGGAGCUGCUGCUGUACAGACACCGCGCGCUUCAGCUGGGCCGACGCGACUUCUUCGAUGAAAGAGAAGCAGCAAGAGGAGGCAAUCAGAACACUACCAGACAGACACCCAAAAGCUUCGUGAACUCCCCAUGCACAGGCACGGGAGAGAGGCCUCGCGGGGGGCAGGGAUACGCACACAAGCAAACGGAGCAGCAGCAACAGCGGCAACAGCAGCGGCAACAGCAGCAGCAGCAGCAGCUCAUGCGUGGCACUAGCACCCUUGCAGAAGGGGCCCCCAAUGGGUGGCCCUCACGUGGCGGGGCCUCCGGCCGACGCGACACGAGACGCAGAGAAAAAUGA